AUGCUGGUGGUGACGAGCAACGGCAACAUGGGCUCGUUCUGCUUCAAGGCUUUCAACGAAGACGACGAUGUCAACGAUUACGACCAAAACGUCCGUACUUUGUACGGCAGACAUUACUCGGGCUGCUCCGGCCUGCACGGAAAACAACGUAAGUCAGUAUGCCUGCCAGUAUGGCAGUACAAAGACCUCGUAACGACCUGUGUUAUGAAAGGCUCCUCGAGAACACAUCUGUUAUAA